AUUCCUCACAUUGACACAUUCUUGAUUCUUCAAAUACAAUUAAAUAUUACAAAAAUGCCAGCUCCUUUUUUUCAUUUUUGCCUUUGAUCAAUCAAAUUAUUACCAGCUUACUUUAAUCUACUUGUGCCUGUCUGUCUGUCUUCCCCAUUUGUAAUUUUUUAUUGGAUCUUGAGGUUGGAAACUGUGAGAAAUUCUUUUCUUACAGUUUUUUGGUUUGUGGGUACAUUCUUUUGGGUAAUUAUUAUUAGUUUUCUAAUCACUGUUUCUUAUUGGGUCCCUUCCUCCUCAUUCCUCUUCAUCAUUUGCCUUUUCACUUCAAAGAUUUGUCCUUUCAAAAACCUAAUUAAGCACCUCUCUUAGAUUCACUUUCAAUUUUUCCCCUUUUGCUUUACUUUUCACUUUUGUUUUCUUGCUUGAUUCUUGCUAAAGUUUAAAUCUUUGAGCAAUUCUUGCAAAAUCUUUAAAUGGGCACUUAUGUUUUAGUAGGAGAAGUUGUUUGAUUUUGAUUUGGAUCAAUAAAGGACAGAUCUUGAUUAUUUUUUUCUUUUUGGGUGUUCAUGUUCGUGGAUGACAAUUGCUAAAUUUUUGUUCUUUUGACUUCUCAGCUGGAAAAAUUUAGUGGGUGUUUCUGAGAGAUGGAUUUAAAAAAGUGACCGUUUUUGAUUUAGUGAUAAGGUUCUGUAUUUGGAAAUGUAUGAUAUAUAUGGAAAGUUCUUUAUCUUGUUUAGGUUCUUGGAGUUGGUAAAUUUGCAGUUUUAACGGUUUUUGACAGGAAGAGAAAAACAAAAAGGAAGGGAAAAUAAAUAGGAGAUGAUUAAGUUCAAUGUUGGAAUUUGACUUGUAGUGAAUUGAAGCAAAAAAGACUGUGAAUUUGCCUGAAAAUCAGUUUUUAUUAAUUGUGUUUCCAAAUAAUUGCUUUGUGGACUUGUGGUCUCAAUAGUUUGUGUCCAACACAUGAUUAAGACCUUUAUAUUAAGGUGAUGAAGAUAGAGGUUGAGAGGUUGUGAUUAGUUUGGAAAAAGGGUUAUGAAAUUGUGAAAAAUUUAAGUAUUGAAUUACAUUAGUUGAGGAAAUGGCAGCAAAACUUUUACAUUCUUUAGCAGAUGAUAAUCCUGAUUUGCAGAAGCAAAUAGGAUGCAUGACUGGUAUUUUUCAGCUUUUUGAUCGCCACCCUACCCUUACCGCCGGUAGGCGUCUCAGUCAUCGGAGGCUUUCUUCUCCAGGCAAUUCACAUUCAAACAAUGGCAGCUCAGAAAGGGAAACUUUAAAUGCCUAUCGUUGGGCUGCUGCAAAUGAAAUGAACAUAAACAAGAAUUUAAAUGAGAAGCAUAGAUCUUCCAUGGAGUCGGCAAGACCAUCUUUCUCAUCCUCUUGUUCAUCCAUGUCUUCUAUGGAUUGUAAUAAACCAGCUCAACCAGAAGCCUCUUCCUUUGACAGAAUCAUUUUUCCGGAAACACCCUCAAGGGAUGCUGUUAUAUCUCAGCCAAGUACAUCACCACAUUUUGGGCGGCAAUCCCUUGAUCUUCGAGAUGUUGUGAAGGAUUCAAUGUAUAGGGAAGCCCGAGGGCUCUCUGUGAAAACUACUACUAAAGAGGAAGGAAUAGGCCAUCCAAUGAAGCAUAAAGACUCUCCAAGGCCCUUACAGCUCUCCAGAUCUACGGAUGGAUCUUAUGGAAAUGGGACUAAGGGCAAACAAAAUGUAAAUGCUCCUGAUCUCAAUGAGUCCCUUAGAGUUCUUGCUAAACUUCGAGAAGCACCUUGGUAUUACAAUGAAACUAGAGAACGGCCAAGAUCAUCGCAUGAAUCAAAAGAUGGAUAUCCACAUAUGCUUUCUAAAGAUGCUCAUCGGUUUUCUUGUGAUGGAAGGGAGAUGAAUCGUUCAUCUUUUGAAUCAAGAGAUACCAUCAAGUCGACUCUAAAGCUAAAAGAGACGCCCAGACUAUCGCUGGACAGUAGAGACAUUUCAAUGCGAGGGUCCAAUUCCGAAUCAAAAGCAAGUUAUAUUUCUAAAGAUUUAAGAAAUGGUGGAAAUUCAAAUGAAAAGGCGUGCAAUGUACAAUCAUUAGGAACUCAGAAGCGGCCUUCUAAUGUGGUAGCCAAGUUGAUGGGUUUAGAAGCUUUGCCUGAUUCUGGAUCAACCAGUUCUAGUCAGUCAGGCGUAACCAAGACCUUCCCUGUCGAACAUAGUGAUACAUUCUCAGCACCAGCGAAAGCAAUUGAUUUUAACAGGCCAGUCUGGAUUCAAAAAUCUCCAAGAAGCUUACCGAAAGAGCCAAUUUCGCCAAGGUGGAAAAAUCCUGAUCUAAUCAUGAAACCGGUUUCGAGGUUGCCAAUUGAGCCAGCUCCUUGGAAGCAGAUGGACGGAAGUCGAGCUUCAAAAAAACCUGUAAAACUUUCAGCGAAGAUGGAAAACCCCUUUCCUACAGUUUACAGUGAGAUUGAGAAGAGAUUGAAGGAUCUUGAGUUCAAUCAAUCUGGGAAGGAUCUUAGAGCUCUUAAACAAAUUCUUGAAGCAAUGCAGACUAAAGGACUUUUGGAAACUAGAAAAGAAGAACAAGGUUCAAACUUUGGAUCUCAAAGGGAUUAUGAACCAAGCUGUACUAGUCCUGGUCAGAAGCCGAGAUUGUUAAGCCAACGUAACCAGCCGAGCAACCAAGUUAGUGGUUCCUCUGCUAGAGGCUCUGAUUCAUUGAGGACUUAUGAAUCCCCCAUUGUUAUCAUGAAACCAGCCAAAUUACUUGAGAAAUCUGGUAUUCAUGCUUCCUCAGUAAUUCCAAUAGAUAGCCUGUCUAGUCUUCAUAAAAUUCGAAGCAGUGGGCAUGCAGAUGUUAAAAACAGAUUAGAUAAUAACCGAACAGCGAAAGAUCCAUCUCCUAGAAUCAGUUAUAGGGAGACUGCUGCUAACUCCAGUGAUAAGAAAGCCAAUGUGAGGAUUAAAACAACUCAAUCUUUUACACGACCACAACAAUUGCCAAAAGAAAGCACCGCAAGCUCAGUAAAAAGCUCGGGAUCAUCUGUGAGUCCAAGACUGCAACAGAAGAAACUUGAGCUCGAGAGACGAUCUCGUCCACCUACUCCUCCUUCUGAUUCAAACAAGCCUAGAAGACAAUCUAAUAAGAUGUCAAAUGAGUUAAAUUCUCCUGGUGGGAAAAACAGACUAAAAUCUCACAAAUUGCCACCAAGUGAUGACCAACUCAGUCAGAUAAGUAAUGAAUCAAGAACUUCGAGUCAGCAAGGGGACGACGCAUCUUUGCAGUCCGACAGCACUGCUGUUUUUGAUUCAAAGACAGAUAUGGAAAUUGACAGUUCUGAACAGCCUACUGAGCUCAAUAGUGAUCAUAUUCCAUCCAUGAAGGCUGUUAAUCAUAAAAAUUCAAAAUCAGGAGUAGAAGAAGAUAGAUCAUCAACUGAAUUCGUCGUUGAUAUGCCAGAGCAUCCUAGUCCCAUCUCUGUUCUUGAUGCUUCGGUGUAUAGAGAUGACGAAUUGUCUCCAGUGAAGCAGAUACCAAGUAUGCCUCAAGAUGAUGCUAAUGAAGAUUCAAAGGAUCAACAGAGUGAAAGUGAGUGGCACUCCGUGGAAAAGUUCUUACCGAGCAGUGUGGCAUCUGGUCUUACCUCAGAAGUCAGUCGCAAGAAACUGCAGAAUGUUGAGAAUCUGGUAAAGAAACUAAGACGACUUAACUCUACGCAUGAUGAAGCAAGCACAGAUUACAUUGCAUCACUUUGUGAGAAUACAAAUCCAGACCACAGAUACAUUUCUGAGAUCUUGUUAGCUUCAGGCCUCCUACUCCGGGAUCUUGGCUCUGGCAUGACAACAUUUCAGCUCCACGCAUCAGGUCACCCCAUCAACCCCGAGUUAUUCUUCGUAUUGGAGCAAACAAAGGCCAGCACUUUAAUGUCAAAACAAGAGUGCAGCCCUGGAAAGAACUACCGUUUGAAAUCAAACCCGGAAAGGUUUCACCGGAAGCUCAUAUUUGAUGCUGUUAACGAGAUGAUCAUUAAUAAAUUAGCAUUAAUGAGGCAGUCUUCCGAGCCAUGGUUGAAAUCUGGAAAACUGGCGAAAAAGACCCUCAGUGCUCAAAAGCUACUAAAGGAGCUGUGCUCAGAGAUUGAACAGCUUCAAGCCAAGAGAUCUGAAUGCAGCAUAGAUGAUGAGGAGGAUGAUAUAAAAGGCAUUUUGUCGGAUGAUGUGAUGCGUCGGUCCGAGAGCUGGACGGACUUUCAUAAUGAACUAUCUGGUGUAGUAUUAGAUGUUGAAAGAUCAAUCUUUAAAGAUUUAGUUGACGAGAUUGUUAUUGGCGAAGCAGCUAGUUCGCGUGCCAAACCGGGUAGACGUAGGCAGCUGUUUGCUAAGUAGCUUAUCAAUCUGCAAAGUAGCUUGUUCUAAUUCUUGAUUUCACCUUUUUGUCUUUCUUUCAUUCUAUCUUUUGUCUGAUUUAUAUAUAUAUUUAGAAGAAAAUAAAUCUUGGGUAUGAAAUGGAAUGCUCUGUGUAAUGUUGGAUUGAUUGUAAAGAAAUUAAUUUCUCAGAUUGUGACAUUAUACACAUAAGAAUGCUAUAUGCAGAACUUUUUUUUGUCAAA